AUGGGUUCCAAUCGGCUAUGGGACCCAAAUGAAGACACAGAGUGGAAUGACGUCUUGCGCAAAAAAGGUAUCCUUCCUCCAAAGGAAGACCUAAAAGAACGAGAGCAGGCAAAGGAAGAUGAGCAGCUUCGGAUCCUGCAGCAGAAGUCUCUCGUGAAAACUUAUGAGGACAUGACUCUGGAAGAGCUAGAAGAAAAUGAAGAUGAGUUUAAUGAGGAAGAUGAAAAAGCUAUCGAAAUGUACAGGCAGCAGAGGUUAGCAGAAAUGAAAGCAGCUCAAAUGAAGAAUAAAUUUGGGGAAGUUCUGGAAAUUUCGGGAAAAGAUUACGUUCAAGAGGUUACCAAAGCUGGAAAAGGUAUAUGGGUAGUUCUGCACCUUUACAAACAAGGAAUUCCACUCUGUGCCUUAAUAAAUCAACAUAUGAGUGGGCUUGCAAGGAAGUUCAAAGAUGUGAAAUUUAUCAAAGCGAUCUCUACCACCUGCAUACCCAACUACCCUGAUAAGAACCUGCCUACGAUAUUCGUCUACCUCGAGGGAGACAUCAAAGCCCAGUUCAUCGGGCCCUUGGUGUUUGGCGGCAUGAACUUGACAAGAGAUGAAUUGGAGUGGAAGAUUGCAGAGUCAGGUGCCAUCAAGACAGACCUUGAGGAAAAUCCUAGGAAGCAGAUCCAGGACCAGCUCAUGUCCUCAGUCAGGAUGUGUGCCCCAACUAGGGGGGACAGUGACUCAGAAGAUGAUUAAUUCCUGCAUCAGCAGCAAGAUGAUUUAGUAUGCUUGCAUCCGGUGUUUCCACCCAAAGCCCUGGAGAAGGUCGUGGAGAUCUUGCAGAGCCAUGGAAGGGUAGUAUUUAAAGAUAACAAUUUAACUAGAAAUCAGGUUUUUUUCUUUUUAAAUUUUGUUGUAAUUUCACUGAAGAUCCUGAAAGUUAUUUUAUAUUAUGAAG